GUGUAGUGUGGCAGGCCUCCUCGUGGUGCACCCUGGGUAAUGCUGAAUCUGCUACAGCCUUCGCCAAUACCUCUUGACACUUGGGCAGAUAAUUUUGAUGGAGAAGUGUUUGCAAUCCUUAUGGCUAUUACAGCUAUUGGUGAACCAUCUGAACAAAACAUUGUUAUCUUUGUUGAUUCUCAGGCUGCUAUUCAGACCAUUUCUGAAUAUAAUUUAUAUCCCUCUGAACUCGAAUUUAAGUGUAAACAACGCAUUGACUCUCUUCUUUGUUCUGGAAGAGAGGUAGUCCUCCAGUGGAUCCCUGGCCACUGUGGCAUUUACGGAAAUGAACGGGCUGACAUGUUGGCUAGAGAGGCUUCAGCACUGCAUCCAUCUUCUCAUCCAGUUCCUCUUAGAAAUGCAAGGCGGCUUCUUAAGAGCAAAUGCAGGCACAGAACAAUAUCUGCUCUUAGGGACUUAACUUAUGGGAAAUCCUGGGCUAGCCUUCUUGAUGACCAGCAGCGCUCUCACCUUUCCCUCCUUCCCAGAGCUGAGGGAGUUGCUUGCCUUAGAUUAAUUACCGGACAUGACUACUUACAGGCCCAUUUAUUUAAAAUUAACUUGGUCAAUUCACCUCUUUGUGUGCUCUGUAGCACUUCGCCAAUGACUGGGGAGCAUUUAUUAGAUUGCCCCUCUCUUCUUGACAUUCGUUCCUCUGAUGACUUUUGUGCCCUCUCACCUUCUGGAGCUACUUCAGUAUUGUAUUGGACUGCAAGACGCCUUAUGUCUGAGAAGACGAUGGCGGGCGUAAUUUAAAAAAAAAAA